AUGUUAUGCAAAGCACCUACUUGUUGGUGUGGUUGUAUUGGCACUGAUAGGCAACCAGCCCCACUUUGGGGGCACAAAUGUCUCUUCCAAAAACAUGCAUCAGUUAUGCAUGCAGAGUUGACAGAAUCACUAUUUCAGCCUAUUGAAAACUUGCUACUGCCCUCAUCAAAUGCAAUAACCAAUCUAGCAUCUAAUUCCUCCUCAUCACUAAUACCAGCUGUGCCUGCUUCCAUGGUGCCAGCACUAUUUCUCUAUAUGACUGCAAGUUUCCCAUAUUUUGACAAGACCAUGGCCUUACCUGCAUACCUCCCAUUGUUGAUAAGGGAUAGCAGUGAGAGUGGAUCAAUGCCUAUGGAAUUCUGGAAUGCCCUCGUCAAUAGUCUUCCUGUUCCUGCAAAUGAUCCUUUUGCAGCAUUAAUAUCCAAUGAUUAA